CGACAAAUCACUAUUCUCUCGCGCUGACACCCUCAGGGACAAAUGUUGAGGCCGCAAUAUUGCCUUUCGAACCACGCUUCCCGCAUGCUCAAACAACCGAGAUAACUGAGAAAGAGGGAGGGUGGUAGAUCAAAAUUUCUCGGAACUCGCGGACAGCCAUGGCGUUUUUGGGGCGACUAGUGAGAGCAUCUCCUGCAUGGCGUACUCUUGCCUCGCCGAAAACCGUAACCCCUCUUCGCUCUCGCUCGCGUGUCCUUCCUCUCCGCCUUUACCACAUAACGAACCAUGUAGGAUCUACUGACCACCAGAGUCAAUCUAAUGCAUCUGAAGUUCUGCCAAAGAGAUCGGCACCUGAUGCUUGGGGACCGUAUUCUGUCUUUCCAUUUGUCUUGGCUGGUUCGUUUGGAGUUGGAGUGGUUGAAUCGGCUUAUGCAGAUGGUGAUGAGGCUGCUUUCAAACCUCCUUUGCCAUCAGAAUCGUCUCCAAGUUAUGAGGUCUUAGAGGAAACUGCCAAGAAAGAACGACAGCGGAUUGAAGAGUUGCUUAGAAGUAAAGGAAUGCAACGUGGUUCUUAUCCUCGCUUUACUGUGGCAGUUAACGGCCAAAAGGUCACCAUCAAAUUCCAAAUUCCUCCUGCUUGUGAAGUUUCACAGCUGAUUGCAAACCUUGUUUCACAUCUUGGACUGAAAGUUGAAGACUGUGGCAGCAGCUCAGAUAUGUUAUUGCGCGCUUGGGACAGUGCAGUUGCUUGGCAACUAACAUUAAAUCCUCUCGAGAAAAGGAAGGAAGUUGAAGGGGAUGUGGGGUAUUCAAAAGAUAUAAAUUCACAUAAUGCAGAUCUAUGCAUCCUCAUAUUCCGUUCACUCGUUAGCUCAGAAAAAGCUGGUGAAUUGCAGGAAAUUGAAUUCAUAAAGCAGGGGAGCUUGACUCCCAAAGAGCUUGAUGCUUUCGUGUCUGUUUUAGAAUUAGCAGGUCGAAAGUUGGCACAAAAGAAGACCUUAGAAAGAAGACCGGGGGAAGGUACCAAAUGGGUGCCAUCUGCGAAAAACUCAGUUGCUGAGCACAAGUCCUCGGGAGUGAGAAUUUAUGGACUCGAUGAACCCCACGGUUAUUCCCCAAACAAAGAGAUAUCAUGGGACAAUAUUGCUGGGUAUGAUCAGCAGAAACGAGAGAUAGAGGAUACGAUACUGUUGGCUCUGCAAAGUCCUAAAGUAUAUGAUGAUAUCGCUCGCGGGACUCAGCAUAAGUUUGAGUCAAACAAGCCUCGAGCUGUGCUCUUUGAAGGACCACCAGGUACAGGGAAGACAUCUUGUGCUCAUAUUAUUGCUAAUCAAGCGGGUGUCCCUUUGUUUUAUGUGCCACUGGAGUUUGUUUUGUCAAAGUACAAUGAUGAAAGUGGACGCUUGUUAGGAAGAGUGUUUUCACUUGCUAAUGCGUUCUCUAACGGUGCUAUAAUUUUUCUUGAUGAGAUUGAUUCUUUUGCUGUAGCUCGUGAUAGCGAACUGUAUGAAGCUACAUGCAGAAUCUUAUCAAUGUUAUUGCGGCAGAUUGAUGGAUUUGAACAGUCUAAGAAAGUAGUUGUAAUUGCAGCAACAAAUCGAAAGCAAGACCUCGGUCCUGCUUUAAUUAGUCGUUUUGGUUCAAUGAUUACUUUUGGCUUACCUGGUCACCAAAAUCGUCAGGAAAUAGCAGCGCAAUAUGCAAAGCACCUUACAAAACGUGAAUUAGAAGAAUUUGCGACAGUUACAGAAGCAAUGUCUGGAAGGGAUAUUAGAGAUGUAUGCCAACAAGCCGAGCGGUCGUGGGCAUCAAAGAUUAUUCGAGGAAAAGUACGUAAAGAUGGAGAAGGAGGAGGGUGUCUUCCACCUUUACAAGAAUAUAUUGCCAUGACUCGGCGGAAGUCUUCACUGGGUAUUUUAUAACGGACUAGAAGAUUCAAAACUCUCAAAAAGAGCCCCCAGUUGGAUUUUAUGGCGAUGAAAGUGGACUGA